AUGUCACAUGUUCGACGAAAUGCUCGCACCAGGUCGCCACCACCGACAAAGUCGACAAGGUCACCACCGUCUACCACGAGUCCGUCAUCGACCUCAGUGACAAGACCGGAUGAGGACACACUCGUGGCGGCCACUCCGGACGUCGCCCUCGAGCUUGCCGUCCUCUCAAGCGUCUCCUUCUCCACCAACAAGGUCCAUGAGGUCAUUGUUGUUCCCCGCAGUGCGUCCCCUGUCUACAUCGGCAUGGCGCCUUCCACCUGUUCGACGAAAUGCUCCAACCAAGUUGGUGCCACUUCGUUCCCGUCUCCAGUCACGACGGCAUCGCUACUCCCAGCAGCCACACGUGAGCUCGUCGCCGACCUCGUUUGUCCUGCUACCAAAGCCGUCAAUUCGAUGCAGCCGUUCCGGAAGCAUGACUUGGAUGUCUCGCCGCACACAAGCCACCAGGGCCGCCUGCUGCUACGGCCGAUGCCGUGGCCAUCAUUGCGGGCAACUCGUAUUGCAGAGGGAAUGGAGACUCGACCCAUUCUGUGGCCGUCGUUUGCAAUCGGUAUGCCAUCAGAGGUCUGUCAUUCUAGUGUUGCCCAUUGGAACUUCUCAGUGACUACUUCUGUUCAUGGCCUUCAUGCAUGGACAUUCAGGGAACAUCCAUUUCAGUUUGCCCAGGUGCUUGACAUGGCUUUGACUAGUAGCAGCUUUCCAAUGGAAUCAUGUCAUGUUGGAGAUCUUGUGGGUAAUCACCGUGGACACCGCAUACAGAAGAAUUUUUCUAGUGAUCUAAAUAUGAUGAGAGAAUCCUGGUGGUGUCUGCAAAUUGCGCAACAGAAAACAUUUCUUUUAGAGAAGGCUAUUUGUUGGAUCCCUCUGGUGCCAAGAUCUCUUCCUACUCCGAGUCAGCAACUAAUGCAACAAAAAGACACUGUGAACUUCACUGAUGCGGAACGGGUGCCAGUUAUAUCUUCUUUGCAGUCAUACUAUGAGUUUCAUGCUCAAGCUCGAGAAACUUCUUGUACCCGUAGGUUCUUUGUUUCAACUGAGCUACAGAGUUACCAUGGAACCAAGCUACGACCAAAACCAUCGCCACUAUUCGACUUCAAUCAAGACACCACCCAGCUGAAGAUAAAAAUGGACAUCUUUUUCAUGCAAUUGCCGAACAGUACACGUGGGGUUCAAGCACUGAAUGUGUGGUCAGCUCUAUCCAAGGGUAAUGAGCAUGCCAAUGCACUAGCAAUUUUUGAGCCAAGUGCAAUUGAAGAGCUUGCCAUACUGACCAGUUUUCAGUGCUGCUUCUUCAAACGUACACCAGAUUGGAUACUAUUGAUCAGGCCACCUACGGAAAAGAGAACAUCAGAGGACAAGAAUCCAUUAGUAUGGGCACUUUUCACAGAUGCUUGAACAUAUAUGAAAUUGGACGAAACUUAUGCUGUUGUUGUUCAUAAGUGUGAGCAGAGAAUUUCUCACGACCGAAGUUUGCUACUCUCUUUCAAUCAGAGACCACCUGGUGCAUAUUUUGGACUAAUGGCAAGUCUAGGUACUCCUGCUAUAUCUGUAGAUGCUUCAGUGCAGCCCUCGGUGAUUCCCACUUAUGCAAGCAUACAGAUUGGUAACACUCAGUACAAGUGCGUGUGCACUACCUCAGGCUUAUUUGGCAAAUGGUUAGAGAAGUCUGGGAGCAGUAAAAACAGCAAGGUUGUUUCACAAGCAUCUGGACCGGAUGGUCGAUCCGGAGUAGCAGACUGCAAUGCUAUCUGCCAUACUACUUCCAGCAAUAGUCUAACUAGAGAACUUCCAGUACAACAUGUGUCGUAUGAACUUGUGCUAUUCCUGGCGUGUCUACUGGACAUUUUUAACACGCAGCUUGAUGCCUACAACAACAUCUGCUUCCUGUUUCAGCUCUGUUCAGCUUCUCCGCUCCACCAGCGGGGCGGUUCUUGGGAUCCUGGAGGGCUCGCAUUACGUUUGUCAUUGGAAUUGGCUCGCCGGGAGGUCUUUGCAGGAGGGAUGUGUAUCAUCAUCUUAGUUGUCCGCUUCCUCGUCCACAUGAGCGACAUUUCACUGCAUCGACUGCUUGGACUCCAAUCGACUCAAGGGCAUUUUCAAGAAGGGACGGGUGUCAUCACCGUCUCCGCCAUCUUCGCGCAAAGCUCCACCGACCACAAGUGCUACCUCGGCUUCGACCGCGGCGGUGUUAGCCACGACUACGCCAUCACCACGUUCUUCGACGGGAUUUUCAUUGGCCGCAAGUACUACCUCCCCAUCAUUGCAGUCUACCUUGACUUCGGCUACCGCCGCGGCUCCAACCAAGCCCAGGAACAUCGAGCACCAUGGGACCCAGGCGGCGAUGUCGGCUUAGGGUCAAGCCGAGUCUCAUGGAGGGAGGGAUGUCGGCGACUGGAUGUGCAGGGUCCUUGAGUCGGCGAAGAAGCAACACGCGAUGCACGCAUCGUGCACGCCCUCCUGUCCCCAGAUACCUGCUGCCGGCUUGAGGGCAAGCGGGCUGUUAAGGGGGAGGGGAUGUCAGCCCCCUUGCUAUGUUGGGCUGUUAGUGAGGGGCUGGGCCCAGCCGGCCCGUUACAACAGCGACUACGAGUACGAGGGCCAAGGGACAGACGAGGCAUCCGCGGAGGAUCACGAACCCGGUGGCGGCGGCUCUCUUCUUCUCCCUCUCGCUUCCCUCUUCCUGUAUCCUAGUUCGUGCUUGUAAUCAGGGCUAGCUACUGUAAUUCGGGCUUGUAAUCAAGAGAUACAUCUAGUUCCCUAACAUCUGGUAUUCAAAGCCAGGCACCACCCUUCC